AUGGCCAAGAUGCCCUCCACCAGCUCCCUCGACCGCUCAGACAUCGUGGACUUCGUCGUUGACGACCGCACUCCCGAGGAAACCAAGGCCAUCUACAACAGCUGGGCUAGCAAUUACGAGGAGGACAUGAGCAUGCAAAAGUACAGGGCCCCCAACAUUAUGGCGCACUUCAUCAACCAGGAGCUCAAGAUCAAGAAGGAUGCCAUCAUACUGGACGUCGGAUGUGGGACCGGUCUCCUGGGGGUCCAGCUCAAGAACCUGGGCUAUUCCCUGAUUGACGCUCUGGACUAUAGUGAAGAGAUGAUGGGCGAGGCCAAGAAGAAGUGCGUCUACAAGAGGCACUUCCUCGAAAAGGUCGCCAGGAACUCCAAGAUCCCGCUCCGGGACGGUGAAUACGACGUGGUGGUGCUCUGCGGUUCCCUCAUGCCUGGACACAUUAUGCCCGAUGCCCUUCACGAGCUGGGAAGGCUUGUGAGAUCUUCGGGCUACCUGAUGUGGAUCCACCGGACACUGGACCACUACGAGCACAAGUCGGAGCAGUUCCUGGAGGCGCGGUUCACGGCCACGCUGCACACCCUAUGCAAGCAGCUCCGCAUGGAGCUGGUCGUGCGAAAGAAGAUCCAGGAUUAUCGCUUCAAGAGCGACGGACAGAUCUUCGCACUCAAGAAGAAGUAG